AUUCACGAUGGCGAGCCACAGGGCGAGCUUUCCCCUGCGGCUCCAGCAGAUCUUGUCGGGUGGGAGGCAUGUCUCCCCCGCCCUAAAAUUGGAGUCCGAGCCUCCACCAAAAGUUAAAGCAUUUAUUGAUAGGGUGAUUAAGAGUCCCUUACAUGAUAUUGCUAUACCUCUUUCAGGCUUCCGUUGGGAGUACAAUAAGGGAAAUUUUCAUCACUGGAGGCCACUUUUUAUGCAUUUUGAUACAUACUUCAAGACAUAUCUCUCUUGUAGGAAAGAUCUUAUUUUAUCUGAUAAUAUUUCAGAUGAACAUCCAUUUCCCAAACAUUCCGUUAUGCAAAUUUUAAGAGUCAUGCAAAUUAUUUUGGAAAAUUGUCACAACAAGAAUUCAUUUGGUGGUCUUGAGCACUUCAAGCUUUUGCUUGCAUCUACAGAUCCAGAGAUUGUCAUUGCUACAUUGGAGACUCUUUCUGCACUGGUUAAAAUAAAUCCCUCCAAGAUACAUGUGAGUGGGAAACUGAUUGGUUGUGGCUCUGUAAACAGCUGUCUACUGUCUUUGGCCCAGGGCUGGGGAAGCAAAGAAGAAGGUCUGGGUUUACAUUCAUGUGUUGUGGCAAAUGAGAGGAACCAGCAUGAAGGAUUGUGCCUGUUCCCAUCAGAUGUGGAAAAUAAGUGUGACGGGGCCCAAUACCGUUUGGGCUCGACCCUCCAUUUUGAGUAUAACAUGGCUGCUUCCCAGGCCACCGAGCAAAUCAGAGAGAGAAGCAAAUCAUCCAAUAUGUGUGUCAUACAUAUCUCAGAUCUCCAUCUCCGAAAAGAAGAUGAUUUGAGCAUUUUGAAGCAAUGCAUUGACCAGUUCAAUGUACCUCCAGAACACAGGUUCUCAUUGCUUACAAGAAUUAGAUAUGCCCAUGCCUUCCGUUCUUCCAGAACAUGUAGGCUGUACAGCAGAAUCAGCAUACUUGCCUUCACUGUUCUGGUACAAUCCAGUGAUGCUCAAGAUGAACUUGCAUCUUUCUUUGCAAAUGAGCCUGAGUAUACAAAUGAACUGAUCAGGCUAGUUCGUUCUGAAGACUCUGUCCCUGGAACUAUAAGGGCACUUGCUAUGCUUGCAUUAGGAGCACAACUAGCUGCAUAUGCAUCAUCGCAUGAAAGGGCUAGAAUAUUGAGUGGCUCAAGUAUUAUUUCUGCUGGUGGAAAUCGUAUGCUACUGCUAAAUGUACUUCAAAAGGCUGUCUUAUCGCUUAAUAACCCUAGUGAUCCUUCUGCUCCAUUAUUUGUUGAUGCUCUUCUACAAUUUUUCCUGCUUCAUAUUCUAUCAUCAUCAAGUUCUGGGAGUGCUAUAAGGGGCUCCGGAAUGGUUCCCCCUCUUUUACCCCUUCUACAGGACUUUGAUCCUGCCCAUAUGCAUGUUGUCUGCUCGGCAGUGAAGACCCUUCAAAAGCUGAUGGAAUACAGUAGUCCCGCUGUAUCCCUAUUCAAGGAUUUAGGUGGGGUGGAGCUUUUGGCUCAAAGGUUGCAGAUUGAAGUCCAUAGAGUUAUUGGCACAGUUGAUGAGCAUAGCAACACAAUGAUGGCUGGUGAUUUAAGAUCCGAUGAAGAUCAUCUUUAUUCCCAGAAGCGGCUUAUCAAAGCUUUGCUCAAGGCACUCGGUUCUGCUACAUAUUCUCCGGCAAAUUCUACAAGGUCACAGAAUUCCCAUGAUAAUUCAUUGCCUGCUUCUUUAUCUUUGAUAUUUCACAAUGUGAAUAAAUUUGGAGGAGAUAUUUACUUUUCAGCGGUAACUGUCAUGAGCGAAAUUAUUCAUAAGGACCCAACAGGCUUUCCUGUUUUGGAUGAAUCCGGUCUUCCAGAUUCAUUUUUGUCGUCUGUGAUUUCUGGUAUACUUCCCUCUUCCAAAGCACUUAUUUGUAUCCCUAAUGGUCUUGGUGCCAUAUGCCUCAAUGCUAAAGGAUUGGAGGCAGUUGAGCAAACUGCUGCAUUGCGGUUUCUUGUAGACAUUUUCACAACCAGGAAAUAUUUGGUGGCAAUGAAUGAAGGUGUUGUUCUUUUGGCAAAUGCUAUGGAGGAGCUUCUUCGGCAUGUAUCUUCACUAAGAAGCACUGGUGUUGACAUAAUCAUUGAAAUCAUCAACAAACUUGCUUCUAUGGGAGAGGACAAAUGCAAGGACUCUUCUGGUAAUUUGGAUGAGAAUGCUGCCAUGGAAACAGAUCUUGAGGAUAAGUUAAACGAGGGACAUGAUUUGGUGAGUGCCUUAGAUUCAGCUGCUGACGGCAUCAGCAAUGAGCAGUUUGUGCAGUUGUGCAUCUUUCAUGUCAUGGUACUUGUUCAUCGAACUAUGGAAAGCUCUGAAACUUGUAGAUUAUUUGUAGAAAAGGGAGGUAUAGAAACUUUGUUGAGAUUGUUACUGCAGCCCAGCAUCACAGAGUCAUCUGAAGGUAUGCCGAUUGCUUUGCAUAGCACUAUUGUGUUUAAAGGCUUUACUCAGCAUCAUUCUGCACCUCUGGCACAUGCAUUUUCCUCGCAUUUGAGGGAGAAUUUGAGGAGAGCUCUAAGUGGAUUUAGUUCAGUUGCUGGCUCAUUUUUAUUGGAUCCCAAGGCUACAUCAGAUAGUGGAAUCUUUUCUUCUCUUUUUGUAGUUGAAUUUCUUCUUUUCCUUGCCGCAUCAAAAGAUAACCGUUGGAUAAGUGCAUUACUUACAGAAUUUGGAGAUGCUAGUAGGGAUGUGUUAGAGGAUAUCGGGCAGGUUCAUCGGGAAGUGUUGUGGCAAAUUGCCCUUCUUGAAGAUUCAAAGAUUGAGACAGAUGCUGAAUCUUCCACUUCUGCAAAUGAGGUGCAAAGGUCAGCAGCAGGAACGAGUGAAUCUGACGAGCAAAGAUUUAGUUCUUUUAGGCAGUAUCUUGAUCCAUUAUUAAGACGAAGAGUGUCAGGGUUGAGUAUAGAGUCGCAAGUUUCUGACCUUAUUAGUAUAUAUCGUGAUCUUGGCCAUGCUGCUAGUGGUUCGCAAAGACUUGGUGUAGAUGGUCAUUCAACUUUACGAUUUGCAUCUAGUUCCCAGUCACAAUCUUCCAAUUCUGUAGAUGCCAAUACUACUACGAAAGCGGAAGAAGACAAGCAGAGAACAUAUUAUUCUUCCUGCCGUGACAUGAUGAGAUCACUUUCUUAUCAUAUUAGCCAUCUAUUUAUGGAGCUGGGAAAGGCAAUGCUGCUUUCUUCUCGUCGUGAGAACAAUCCUGUCAAUGUGUCCUCAUCUGUUGUAUCUGUUGUUAGUACGGUUGCCACAAUUGUGCUGGAACACUUAAACUUUCGGGGGCAUGCGAGUCCUCCUGACAUGGAGAUCUCCAUAUCCACAAAAUGUCGUUACCUUGGCAAGGUCAUUGACUUUAUUGAUGGGAUUCUAUCAGACAGGCCAGAGUCAUGUAAUCCAAUCAUACUAAAUUGCUUUUAUGGUCGUGGGGUCAUCCACGCCAUCUUAACAACUUUUGAAGCUACCAGUCAGUUGCUCUUUGCGGUUAACCGGGUGCCAGCUUCUCCUAUGGAGACUGAUGAUAAAAACCCUAAAGAAGAGAAGGAAGACACAGAAAAUUCUUGGAUAUAUGGUCCCUUAGCCAGCUAUACUACUCUAAUGGACCACCUUGUGACAUCAUCCUUCAUCUUAUAUUCCUCUGCAAGACAGUUGCUUGAACAACCUAUUGCAAAUGGAGAUGUUCCAUUUCCUCAAGAUGCCGAGGCAUUUGUGAAGUUGCUUCAGUCCAAGGUAUUGAAGGCUAUACUUCCUAUCUGGACUCACCCUCAUUUCGCUGAAUGCGAUUUGGAGUUUAUUAGUGCAAUGAUAUCCAUCAUGAGGCAUGUUUAUGCUGGGGUUGAAGUUAGGAAUGUCAGUGGCAACACUGGAGCUCGAUUAAGUGGUCCUCCACCUGAUGAAUCAGCAAUAUCACUGAUUGUAGAGAUGGGCUUUUCUCGGGCUAGAGCUGAAGAGGCACUGAGACAGGUGGGAACAAAUAGUGUGGAGAUUGCGACUGAUUGGUUGUUUUCACAUCCAGAAGAACCACAAGAAGAUGCUGAACUUGCUCGGGCUCUUGCCAUGUCUCUAGGGAACUCUGAUGCAUCUUCAAAGGAAGAUGAAACUGCAAUUCAUAAUAAUCUUGACCAAGAAGAGGAAGCAGUCCAAUUGCCUCCUGUUGAUGAAAUUUUAUCUGCUUGCAUCAGACUUCUGCAGGUGAAGGAGCCUUUAGCUUUCCCUGUUCGUGAUCUGCUUGUGACGAUUUGCUCACAAAAUGAUGGUCAGAACCGAUCAAAGGUGCUCAAUUUCAUUAUUGAUCAUGUAAAACAUUGCCGUCUGGCAUCUGAUCAAUCCAACAACAAUAUGCUGUCUGCACUUUUUCAUGUACUAGCAUUAGUUCUUCAUGAAGAUGCAACAGCACGAGAAAUUGCCUUUCAGGCAGGUCUGGUAAAGAUUGCUUUAGAUCUGCUUUUGGAAUGGAACCUUGGUUUGCAGGUUGGUGAGAAGUCCCAGGUUCCAAAGUGGGUGACUGCAGGCUUUCUUUCUAUUGAUCGCAUGUUGCAGGUGGAUCCGAAAUUGAUGUCAGAAAUUAUGAAUUUGGAGCAGCUGAAAAAGGAUGAUUCUAAUACCCAGACUCCUUUAGUGAUCGAUGAGGGCAAGAGGAAGGAUUCACAGUCCAAUCUGGGAUCAAGUACUGGGUUUUUAGAUAUGCAUGAUCAGAAGAGGCUCUUGGAGAUAUGUUGCAGAUGCAUUCAGAACCAACUACCUUCUGAGACCAUGCAUGUGGUACUGAAAUUGUGUGCAACACUGACUAAGGUUCAUUCAGUUGCUGUUAGUUUCCUAGAUGCUGGAGGUUUGCGUGCAUUGUUUAAUUUGCCAACUAGUAGUUUAUUCUCUGGAUUCAACAAUGUUGCAUCUGCAAUAGUCCGUCACAUUCUAGAAGAUCCCCACACUCUUCAGCAGGCUAUGGAGUUAGAGAUACGCCACAGUCUUGUCACAUCCACAAAUAGACACUCCAAUGCUGGACUUACACCACGCAGUUUUGUCCAAAGUUUGGCCUUUGUUAUUUCUAGGGACCCAGUGGUGUUCAUGAAAGCUGCUCAAGCUGUGUGCCAGGUUGAGAUGGUGGGUGACAGGCCAUACAUCAUGCUGUUGAAAGAUCGUGAGAAGGAGAAGUCUAAGGAGAAAGACAAAGACAAGACAGAGAAAGACAAGCCACCAGCUGCUGAUGGAAAACUUACUGCAGGGGAUGUGAGCUCCAUUGCUCCAGGUAGUGGACAUGGUAAACUGCCAGAUUCGAAUGCAAAGAACACAAAACCCCAUCGAAAAUCUCCUCAAAGCUUUACAGCGGUAAUAGAGCAUCUGCUGGAUUUGAUUGUAACUUUUGUUCCAUCUCCGAAAGUUGAGGACCAGUUUGAUGGUGUUCCUGGUACCCCAUCAGUAGCAGACAUGGAUAUCGACUGCACUUCAGCCAAAGGAAAAGGAAAAGCUAUUGCUGUUUCGUCUGAAGAAAGCAAAAUUGCUAGCCAGGAGGCCUCAGCAUCUCUUGCCAAGACUGCGUUCAUCUUGAAGCUGUUGACAGAGAUACUUUUGACUUACGCUUCAUCAAUUCAGGUAUUGCUUCGCAGGGAUGUUGAUGUCAGUAGUUUCCGUGGUCCUGUACGUGGCACAUCUGCUAAUAGCUAUGGUGGAAUAUUUCAUCAUAUUCUUCACAAGUUUCUUCCGUACCCAGGGAUCCACAAGAAGGAUAAGAAGGCAGAUGGAGACUGGAGGCAUAAGUUAGCUACCAGGGCUAACCAGUUUCUUGUGGCAUCGUCUAUCCGUUCUACAGAAGGGCGUAAAAGGAUAUUUUCUGAAAUCAGUAGUCUGUUUAAUGACUUCGUUCACUCAUCAAGUGGUUGCAGUGCUCCAAACUCAAGUAUGCAUGCAUUUGUUGACCUGCUUAAUGAUAUCCUUGCUGCCCGUUCACCAUCCGGUGCAUAUAUUUCAGCGGAAGCUUCAGUGACCUUCAUAGAUGUUGGGUUAGUUCAGUCACUGACACAUACGCUACAAGUUCUGGAUUUGGAUCUUGCGGACUCACCAAAGAUUGUUACAGGAAUUGUGAAGGCUCUGGAAUCAGUAACUAAGGAAUAUGUUCAUUCUGCUGAUCUUAAUGCUGCAAGGGGUGACAACUCUCUGAAGCCUACUUCUGAUCAGAGUCAACUAGGCUCAUCUUAUGAUAGCGGAAAUAGAUUCCAAUUGCUAGAAACAACAUCCCAGCCCGAUCAUGCUGAAGGGGUGGCUGACCAUGUAGAAUCUUUUAAUUCUGUUCAAACUUCAGGCAGUUCACGUUCUGUUACAGAUGACAUGGAUCAUGAUCGGGAUUUGGAUGGGGGAUUUUCUCGUGAAGCUGAAGAUGAUUUUAUGCAUGAAGCUUCUGAAGACGGUGCAGGCCUUGAAAAUGGUAUUUCAACUGUGGAGAUUAGAUUUGAUAUCCCACGCGAUGCAGAGGAUGAAAUGGGUGAUGAUGAUGAGGAUGAAGAUAUGUCAGGGGAUGAUGGGGAUGAAGUUGAUGAAGAUGAUGAUGAAGAUGAUGAGGAAAAUAAUGAUUUGGAGGAGGAUGAAGUCCAUCAGAUGUCACAUCCUGAUACAGACCAGGAUGACCAGGAGAUUGAUGAUGAAGAAUUUGACGAGGAUGUGCUAGAGGAAGAGGAUGAUGAUGAUGAAGAUGAUGAUGGAGUCAUACUACGGCUAGAGGAAGGACUUAAUGGUAUCAACGUUUUUGACCACAUUGAAGUUUUUAGUGGGAACAACAAUUUUUCUAGUGAAACGCUACAUGUGAUGCCUCUUGACAUAUUUGGCUCAAGACGCCAAGGUCGCACCACAUCUAUAUACAAUCUUCUCGGAAGACCUGGUGAUCAUGGUGUUCAUCUUGAACAUCCACUCCUGGAGCAGCCAUCUUCAUUCAGGCACCUUGUUCAUCAAAGACAAACAGAGAAUGCAGUUGAUAUGGCAUUCUCAGAUAGAAAUCAUGAGGGUACUUCUUCUCGAUUGGAUGCUAUUUUCCGGUCCUUGAGAAGUGGACGACAUGGGCAUCGCUUCAAUAUGUGGUUAGAUGAUAGCCAGCAACGUGGUGGGCCGAGUGCACCUGUGGUUCCUCAAGGCAUCGAGGAAUUACUUGUUUCCCAAUUGAGGCGCCCUACACCUGACCAACCUUCUGACCAGAAUGUGUCUGCUGACAACCCUCAAGAAAAAGAUGAACCCAACCAGUUACAGAGAUCAGAAGGUAGAGUAAGAGAAGAAACAAGUAGAGGAGGUAGUGGAAAUAAUGAAAGUAUGAUUGUUCCUUCUCCUAGUUCAAUGGUAGAUGGCACUGGAAAUGUUGGUGUUGGACCUGCUGAUGGUGCUUCACUUCAAGGAAGAGAGACAUUGAAUGCAAAUGAGCAGGUUGCUGACAUGCAGUAUGAACGCAGUGAUGCAACUGUACGAGAUGUGGAAGCAGUGAGCCAAGGAAGUAGCGGAAGUGGUGCAACUUUAGGGGAAAGCCUUCGUAGCUUGGAAGUGGAAAUAGGAAGUGUUGAUGGGCAUGAUGAUGGAGAAAGGCAAGGCCCUGCAGAUAGGCUUCCUUUGGGUGAUUUGCAACCACCCCCUCGGGCGAGAAGGUCCUCAGGAAGCGCAAUGCCAAUUGGUAGCAGGGAUGUAUCCCUGGAAAGUGUUAGUGAGGUUCCGCAACAUGCAGGCCAAGAAGCUGGUCAGAGUGGUCCACAUGAAGAGCAGCAAUCCAAUAGAAAUGUCGAUACGGAUGCAAUUGAUCCUACAUUUUUAGAGGCUCUUCCUGAGGAGUUGCGGGCUGAAGUACUUUCUUCACGACAGAAUCAAGUGGCACAGCCUUCCAGUGAGCGAUCUCAAGCUGAUGGAGACAUCGAUCCUGAAUUUCUUGCUGCGCUUCCUCCUGAUAUCCGAGAAGAGGUCCUUGCACAACAACGGGCUCAGAGGCUACAACAGUCCCAAGAAUUGGAGGGACAACCUGUUGAAAUGGAUGCUGUUUCAAUAAUAGCUACAUUUCCUUCAGAAAUUCGAGAAGAGGUGCUCUUAACAUCCCCAGAUACUCUGCUGGCUACUUUGACACCUGCACUUGUUGCUGAAGCAAAUAUGUUGCGGGAAAGGUUUGCUCACCGCCACAGGUAUGGUGGUACACUUUUUGGCAUGAACUCGAGAAGGCGGGGUGAGUCUUCUAGGCAUGGUGAUAUUAGUGGUUCAAGUCUAGACAGAACUACUGGUGAUGUUGCCCGCAAGUCUGCAGCAGGCAAGCUGAUUGAAGCUGAUGGGGCCCCUCUGGUUGAUACAGAUGCUCUAAAAGCCUUGAUCAGGUUGCUUCGUGUUGUUCAGCCUCUAUAUAAAGGUCAAUUACAAAGGCUUCUCUUGAAUCUAUGUGCCCAUCAUGAAACUAGAAUGUCUUUGGUGCAAAUACUAAUGGAUAUGCUUAUGCUUGAUCUGCGGGGCUCCACUGAUAAUUCAGUUGAUGCUGCUGAACCACCUUAUCGAUUGUAUGGCUGUCAGAGUUAUGUUACGUACUCCCGGCCUCAAUUCUCAAAUGGAGUGCCUCCUCUAGUGUCCCGUCGUAUCCUAGAAACCCUGACAUACUUGGCCCGGAAUCAUCCGAAUGUGGCAAAGCUCUUGCUUCAUCUUGAGUUGGCACAGCUACCUGUGUGUGAAGUGGAUGCUUCUUCUCAGGGACGUGGUAAGGCUGUAAUUAUGGAAGAAGAAAAACCUGUAGAUAAGAAAGGGGAUUUUGCUGUUGUCCUUCUUUUGAGUCUCUUGAAUCAGCCAUUGUACAUGAGGAGCAUAGCUCAUCUUGAACAGUUGUUAAAUCUUCUUGAAGUUAUCAUGGUUAAUGCUGAGAAUGACUCUGGCCUAUCUAAUAAAUCCGGAGAAUCUCCCGAUCAACCACCUGGUUCAGAUAACACCAUGCAAGAUGCACAGAUGAAUACUGAUGCUGUUGGAUCUUCUGCUGGUGGGGAUGGAAAAUCAUUGAAGGCAGAGGAAUCUGGCAGAAGCUCUACUGCUGUAAAUGGUGAAAGAAGUAUACGAGCUGUUCUACUGAGCCUGCCACAAGCAGAACUGCGACUUCUUUGCUCACUGCUUGCACGUGAAGGGUUGUCUGAUAAUGCAUAUGUUCUUGUGGCUGAGGUGUUGAAGAAGAUAGUGGCUAUUGCUCCUAGCUAUUGCAGUUUAUUCAUUACUGAACUUGCAAAUUCAGUGCAAAAUUUGACUUUAUGUGCUAUGAAUGAAUUACACUUGUAUGAAGAUACUGAAAAGGCUCUUCUUAGUACGUCUUCUACCAAUGGGACUGCAGUCUUGAGAGUUUUGCAGGCAUUGAGCUCUCUUGUUGCUGCAUUACAUGAAAAGAAGGAUCCACAGCUUCUUCCUGAGAAAGAUUAUGCUGAUGCUUUGUCUCAGAUAUGGGACAUAAAUGCAGCAUUGGAGUCCUUGUGGGUAGAGUUGAGCAAUUGCAUAAGCAAAAUUGAGAGCACCUCAGAAUCCCCCUCAGAUUUAGCUGCUAUUUCGGGCAAUUUGGCAUCCACGGCUGCAGGCGUAGCACCUCCACUGCCAGCGGGUACCCAAAACAUCUUACCAUAUAUUGAAUCAUUCUUUGUGACAUGUGAAAAGUUAUGCCCUGGACAAUCAGAAACAGUUCAAGAAUUUGCUUCCACAACUUCUGAUAUUGAAGAUUCCACAAAUUCAACUGGUGGACAGAAACCAUCGGGUACCUGUCCAAACAUUGAUGAGAAACAUGUUGCUUUUGUUAAAUUCUCGGAGAAACAUAGGAAGUUGUUAAAUGCAUUCAUUCGGCAGAAUCCUGGGUUACUCGAGAAGUCAUUCUCGCUUAUGCUAAAGGUUCCGCGCUUUAUUGAUUUUGACAAUAAGCGUGCUUAUUUCCGAUCAAAAAUUAAACAUCAACAUGACCAUCAUCACAGUCCAGUGAGGAUUUCAGUGAGAAGAGCCUACAUACUCGAAGACUCCUAUAACCAACUGCGAAUGAGAUCACCUCAAGAUCUGAAGGGGAGGCUGACUGUUCAUUUCCAAGGAGAAGAAGGUAUUGAUGCAGGUGGGCUUACCAGGGAAUGGUAUCAGUUAUUAUCUCGUGUAAUAUUUGACAAGGGUGCACUGCUUUUCACAACGGUGGGCAACGAGUCAACCUUUCAACCAAAUCCCAACUCUGUCUACCAAACAGAACAUCUCUCAUAUUUCAAGUUUGUAGGAAGAGUGGUUGGUAAAGCACUCUUUGAUGGUCAGCUUCUAGAUGUUCAUUUUACUCGAUCUUUCUACAAGCACAUUCUUGGGGUGAAGGUCACUUACCACGAUAUUGAGGCUAUUGAUCCUGACUACUAUAAGAACCUAAAGUGGAUGCUGGAGAAUGACAUAAGCGAUAUAUUGGACCUUACUUUCAGCAUAGAUGCUGAUGAGGAGAAGCUGAUAUUGUAUGAGAAGGGACAGGUAACUGAUUGUGAGUUGAUUCCUGGUGGGCGAAAUAUCAGGGUUACUGAAGAAAAUAAACAUGAAUAUGUAGAUCGCAUAGCAGAACACCGGCUAACAACUGCAAUUAGGCCCCAAAUUAAUGCAUUUAUGGAAGGCUUCAAUGAAUUGAUACCUCGGGAUUUGAUUUCCAUUUUCAAUGACAAAGAACUAGAACUGUUGAUCAGUGGACUUCCAGACAUUGAUUUGGAUGAUUUGAGAGCAAAUACCGAGUAUUCUGGCUACACCAAUGCAUCACCUGUCAUUCAGUGGUUCUGGGAAGUGCUUCAGGGCUUCAGCAAGGAGGAUAAAGCUCGAUUCCUGCAGUUUGUCACUGGCACCUCCAAGGUCCCAUUGGAAGGUUUUAAUGCCCUCCAAGGAAUCUCAGGCUCACAGAGGUUUCAGAUACACAAGGCAUAUGGCAGCCCCCACCAUCUUCCUUCAGCUCAUACCUGCUUCAACCAAUUGGACCUGCCUGAAUACACCUCCAAGGAACAGCUACAGGAGAGGUUGCUUCUAGCAAUACAUGAAGCAAACGAAGGGUUUGGGUUUGGUUGACAGGGUCACCAGCGUGUGCGCCUUGAACUUGUACAGAUACAAAUGUUGAAAAGGGCAAGCAUUCCACCACUGACCUGGCCCAGCCCUUGGUAACACAAUCUCUAACCGUCAUUUCUUCAUCAUUUUCCAUCCGCAUCAGAUAAUCUGGUAGUCUCCCAGGGCUCUUUUUCUCAGAAGCAGACGCUGCAGAUGUGGGUAGGAUCGUGCCGGUUUCCAAGAAGAAAUAGAAUCUCCUAUCUGUUUCCAAAACUCCAGCAAGUUUUUUAAGUUUCAUGUUUAUGGGUUUGGAUGCAUGGGCUCGUGAUGACCCAAAUGUAAGACAGGUUGGCUUUUUGAGUCUAAUGUCUAUAUGUCCCCGCUUUUAACUA